AUGCCUCUCUCAGCACCUCCAAAUAUCUCUCUGGCUCCUCCACCUCCGCAGAAUUACUUCGAGAAUGGACGCUUAUACCACGGUUUCCGGAAAGGCAAAUAUAUGCUCCCCUGCGAUGAGACAGAGAUGGAUCGCAUGGAUAUCUAUCACAAGUUCUUCUCCGUUGCCAGACGGGAUCAGCUACACUCUACCCCCUUUACACCGAACUACGAUCGCGGGCCCCGGAUCUUGGAUCUAGGAACGGGCACAGGAAUCUGGGCGAUUGACAUGGCCGACAAGUACCCCACUGCGGAAGUCCAGGGCAUUGAUCUAUCACUGAUCCAGCCCGCAAAGAUCCCUCCCAACCUUUCCUUCUCGCAACGAGAUAUCGAGUCCCCCUGGCAUGGCAUGGAUCUGGAUUCUUGGGAUCUGAUACACAUGCGGAUGCUGAAUGGCAGCAUUUCGAGUUGGCCAGAGACAUAUCAGAAGAUCUACAGACAUCUCAAACCGGGGUUUGGAUGGCUCGAACAUGUGGAGAUCGAUAUGGCGCCUCGCUGUGACGAUGGGUCACUACCGCCCAACUGUCAACUGGCCACCUGGUACCGCCUAGUCAUGGAUGCGACGGCGCGCGCGUAUCGCCCCAUGGCUUACAAUGCUGACACGCGGAUCAUGUUGGAACGGCAGGGGUUCGUGGAGAUUCAGGAACAGGUCAUUAAGGUUCCCCUGAAUCCGUGGCCUGCGGAUCCGCAUCUGAAGGAUAUCGGCCGUUGGUAUAAUCUGGGGCUCACGCAGGGCCUGGAGGCCAUGACCUUAGCGCCGCUGACGAGAAUGAGCGGCUGGAACAAGGCGGAUGUGGAGCGGUUGUGUUCGGAAGUCAAGAGGGAGAUCUGCUCCAAGAAGUUUCACGCCUACUGCAAUGUGCACGUCUGGAUUGCGCGCCGCCCGGCCGAGGCUUGA